UGUUGAGAUAAUUGCAAAUCUACCCUUGUAUUUGAUAAGGUAUUACAUUUUUCAUUUUGGAUGAAUCCAAUUCCCGAACCGUCUGCCACUCAGAUUUAGGCAUUGCACUUUUUUGCACAAGUGGCCCCACAAUGUGAGAUAACAAGUUUUCUAUUUAGAGCACACAUAGUAGCAGGUUGCACAGGUCAUUCGGCAACCGGCAACCGACGAUCCGAUCUACAACGCCAUCUACUUAAUCAGAAUCGGGGGAACGAUUACAUCAACAAUUACCUAGCGCGCGCAACAAAUAUCAAGUACAUUUUUACACCCCGCAGCAGUACCAAGAUCUUCUCAUCAAAACCUUACAUGAGCCAGCUCAUGUUAGGCGCAACUCGAUUCAAUUCCAUACAAGCUUCUGGAACGUGAAUUGGGGAAUUUCUUGACUCAAUAAUUUGCAGUCCACAAUUUUUAAUUGGAUUAACGUCGCUAUUGCAGACUAGCUACGAUUUGGAGAUGCGGAAGUUCAUUAUCUCCAACAUUGGUCUCAUUGGGUGUGCAUCUUCAGUCCUGUCGCAGAGGAGCAAGACGGGGGAAUGCACCGAAGAGGUGAACAAUUACGCCAUAGGAUUCAAUGUCGCCUUGAAGCCCAGGCUGGAGAGUCUGGGAGCCGAACUUUCCAACUCCAUCUUCCUCUACACUAAUGCUUACGACGUCCUUAAAGCCAUCAUCGAUAAACCCUUGCAACACGAUAAAUCCAAAAAAUUCAAAACUGGAUUCACAGAUCUUGUGUCCACUGCUUGCUGCGGCGUGGGCAGAUACAACGGCAUCGACGGGGCGUGCAGCACCAUUUCACGAUUGUGCCCCGACAGAACUAAGUCGAUGUUCGGGGACGAUUUCCACCCGACGGAGAAGGUGAACAAGAUCUGCAACAAUCAGUUCAUUUUCGGCGGCCUGCACGCCAUCUGCUCCAUGAAUGUGAAGUAGCUGCUGGCCGUGUGACACGGAGCCCACAAA